UGGUAGUAGAGGCAGUUCCGGGGUGGUGCGUUGCAUUCCCAUACUUGGAUCUGCGUUGCUGCUGCUGCGUUUGUUUUCCCUCGCACAAGUUUCAGCCGAGAGGUAAACAUGUCUGGUCGCGGAAAGCAGGGCGGCAAAGUGCGGGCCAAGGCCAAGUCCCGGUCGUCCCGCGCGGGCCUACAGUUCCCGGUGGGCCGAGUACACAGACUGCUGCGCAAAGGUAACUACGCGGAGCGAGUAGGCGCGGGCGCGCCGGUGUACCUGGCGGCGGUGCUGGAGUACCUGACGGCAGAGAUCCUGGAGUUGGCCGGCAACGCUGCGCGGGACAACAAGAAGACCAGGAUUAUCCCUCGGCACCUGCAGCUCGCCAUCCGCAACGACGAGGAGCUAAACAAACUGCUGGGGAAAGUGACUAUCGCACAGGGCGGCGUCCUACCCAACAUCCAGGCUGUGCUGCUGCCGAAGAAGACGGAGAGUCAGAAGGCGAAGAGCAAGUGAGCCCGACGCCGCGUCGGGGAGCUCGCAGCAUUCUCAGCAAAGUCUCUUUUCACAGUCCCCCCGCAGUGUUUUUGAAUAUGGUCCGUGUCACCGAGGGCCGAAGCGAUCUGGUGGGGAGGUGGGCACUAGGGGCCCGCGGGGGCCGGGGGCCAAUAAAGUUGGUGAAAAUCGUA